AUCACAGGGAGAUGCUAAGGAAAAAUAUCACCAGUAUUCCUCUCUAUAUAUUAUACAUACAUCUUCUCCCUGUGAUUUAACCUUUUUUUACAUACAUCUUCUCCCUCAUGAAUUUGUACCUCUCUCUCUGACAAACAAAUAUGGUACAAUCUAAGAAGUUCAGAGGCGUCAGGCAACGCCACUGGGGUUCCUGGGUGUCUGAAAUUCGCCACCCUUUACUGAAAAGAAGGGUGUGGUUGGGGACUUUUGAGACGGCGGAGGCGGCGGCAAGGGCCUACGACAAAGCGUCAAUUUUAAUGAGUGGAAGAAAUGCUAAAACAAACUUCCCAAUUUUGGACAGUUGCGGAGAUGUAGAUUUAUCAUCUUCCUCGUUCUCCUCUCUUUCAACUGUUCUGAGCGAGAAACUUCGCAAGGGUUCUAAAUCGGCAUCUCCUUCUCUCACUUGCUUAAGGCUAGACACAGAGAACAGCCAUAUUGGGGUAUGGCAAAUGCGGGCCGGGCCACGUUCUGAUUCGAAUUGGGUGAUGACUAUUGAGCUUGGGAAGAAGAAUGAUAUUCCUCCGCCGGCGCCUGAGAGAACACCGGAGUGUUCAAAAGGGAAAGCAUCCAGUCCGGAUGGGAUGGAUGAAGAGGAAAGAACUACAUUGCAAAUGAUUGAAGAACUUCUCAAUAGGAAUUAACCUGGCUGGUACCAUGUUGAGUCCUUAUUAUGGAUUUAUAUUGGCUUGUCCCAUGAAGUUGUCAAGAAGUUAUACGUUUGUUGGUUUGGAUUUCCAUAGAUAUAUGAGUUUGAUUUUAUUUUCAUUGCAAGCAUGUAUAUGAAAGGAUAAUAAGGGAUUUGUUUGUGUUUAAUAGUUAUUUUCUUAAAAAGUAAGUUAAAAUGGGUUCGAUUUAA